AUGGCGGCUUAUGCGAUCAAAGAUGGCCAGGAGUUAGUGGGUAAGGUGCUCGAACGUUUUCCUUCUCAAGACAGAAAGGAUGUUACCUUCCCUGAAGGAAUUGAAAUGUUUUGCCAACCUGGGGGUUGGGAGAUAUCCUAUUACAGCAAACCAUCAACAUUUUAUGUGUCAGUACUGACAGAUAUGGCUGGUACCAGGAGUUAUGUAGCAUGUUUGUCAUUCUAUGAACCUUUUACACUUGUAAGAAAGGGAGAUGACUUUGACAAUGCCAUAAAUGUUUCUGGUGAUACAACUCAUACAAAGUUGUCUUGUGACAAUUUAUACAUCAUGGUUGAAUGGGAUGCAAAUCUUGAAAAGAUUAUUGGCUCAGUUCUUGGUUUUGUUCAUGUCCCUCUGUUGGGUUCUGAUGCAGUUACAUUCUCUAUUGGGAUAGGGGAAAAAGAAAACUCUUAG